UGAGUCUAUAAUCGAUAUCGGUUUGUAUAUCCAUGCUCAGUAGUAGCGGGGGUUGAAUGACCCCUGUCGCGUGACCGUUACACUACUAACAGUUUUCACUUGUCAUUGAGCUUGGACUGAGGCGCGCUCCUGUCUGAAGCUAGCACGGCUUGCCGUUUAUUUUAAACGCUGAUAUUUACUUGUUCCAUAUAUAUAUAUAACUCAGAAGACCGAUAUAAAAGCUGAGAUGGCGGAGACUCAGGCCUUUGUGACCCUGGCCACCACAGACGCCUAUAGCAUGGGAUGUUUAGUGGUAGGCAAAAGUUUGCGCAGGCAUGGAACAUCAAGGAAAUUAGUGGCUAUGGUUUCCCCCAAUGUUUCCAGAACAUCAAGAUUGGCGCUGGAGCAUGUGUUUGAUGAAGUUGUACUGGUAGAUGUGUUGGACAGUAGAGACGAGACUCAUCUCACCUGGCUGCAACGUCCUGAACUAGGGGUCACCUUCACCAAACUCCACUGCUGGACUCUUACACAGUACACGAAGUGUGUGUUCUUGGAUGCAGACACACUUGUACUGUGUAAUGUUGAUGAGCUGUUUGAAUAUGAAGAACUGUCUGCUGCACCUGAUCCAGGCUGGCCGGAUUGUUUCAACUCUGGGGUAUUCGUGUUUAGGCCCUCCCUGAAGACCCAUACCCAAAUACUGGAACACGCUGCACAGCACGGCAGCUUUGAUGGAGGAGACCAGGGCAUAUUAAACACUUUCUUCAGCGACUGGGCAGUGAAAGAUAUCAGAAAGCAUUUACCAUUUGUGUACAACCUCACAGCCGCUGCCAUUUACACGUAUCUACCAGCAUUUCAGCAGUAUGGCCACCAUGCAAAAAUUGUCCACUUCCUGGGUGGGACUAAGCCCUGGCAGCUUCCAUAUGAUCCCCAGGCUGCCAGUGAGUCAUCUUUAAGGGAUUCCAGCAAGAACUUUCAGCAGUUUAUGAAUUUAUGGUGGGUGGAGUACUACAGUCAAAGACAGCUACAAUUUAAGAAGGAUGACAAGAAUGAAGACUAUCAGUCAGUGCAGCAGUUGGUUUCUCCACAGACACAUCAGACUCCAUCACAAAGCCAAAAGAGCAGCACUGAAGCCCACCACAGAGUCAUGAUGAUGCCCUCUCUUCCUCUGGCUGUGGACUCACUACCAAUCAGCUCUAGCUCAUCUCAAAAGUCAGAGCAAUCUGAAAGUGGUUCUGCAAGAGAAAUGAAGAAUAUUCUCUAUGAUGUCCUGUCUGGUGGGGAGACUGAAGAGACCCCUGUAGUCAGUCCUCCAUCUGAGCACACAGAACCAGAGACUACUGAUGAUACUGCCUCAGCCGCUGGAGAAGCUAAUAUUCUCUAUGAUGUCCUGUCUGGUGGGGAGACUGAAGAGACCCCUGUAGUCAGUCCUCCAUCUGAGCACACAGAACCAGAGACUACUGAUGAUUCUGCCUCAGCCGCUGGAGAAGCUGCUGCUGCUGAGGCAGAGAUGGAUGACCUGGAGCAUCGCCGCAUGUGGGAGGAAGGUCGCGCUGAUUAUAUGGGUAAAGACGCCUUUGAUAACAUCAUGAGGAAACUUGACCAGUUCCUUGAUUAAAUAAGUGUGCAUCUACUUGAUGUGUGUUUAUGAGAUUAUAUUAAAAAGCUAUCUCUAUAUAGUUUUGUUAGUACUGUUUAUCCGUCAUCAUCACAACUGUUAUAUUUCCCCCUCCUCAGAUACAGCUGUUUUUCUACCUCUCUUGUGUUUUUGCCCAUCAUAUCCAGAAACAUAUAUCAUAUAUAAACAUAAACAUCUUGAUGUACAAAUCUAGUAUUUCAGUUUGUGUAUUAUGAACCUACACAUGAUCAGAUCUGUAUGAUUUAGCCUUUGCCGUGAUUUUUUGUUUUUCAGUUUUUAUAAAUAAUUUACUCUUAAUAUUCUCUAAUAGCUGUUAAGGGAGACAUUUUGGAUUACUGUUUAAAAUAAAUUGUUUAAAUAUUAAAUAGCAAAUCCUUAAAUCAAGAGGAAAUGUGUCUUAACAAA